AUGGAUGUAUAUACGGAGGACUUGAAAUUAAAGCCGAUGCCGACAAACGCCUCACAGGUUACAGGUUUUGUUGUAGCAAUCAAUACAGAAGGAUUCGAGCAUAUGGGAAAAUAA